AUGCUCAACUGCUACAUCCUUGGCAUGGAGGCUGGCCCCAACUUCACCCAAAACCCGGAGUUCUCCAGCCUUUGGUUGCACCAUUACGAAAACCAAUAUACGCCUCAGGCAUUCUGGGUCCAGGAAGUUCCGUGGUUGGCAAAAGGCUUGCGUCGCCUGGGGUGGGACGUCAUGCCCCGCGAGCAUUACACCUCGACCAAGUGGCUCCAGGACUGGAUGAUGACACAUUGCAACCGCGCAGAAGCUUUGUAUCAGAAGAUGCUGCACGACCAGGAGGUGGCGGCCGACGAUGUUCCAGUUGUUUAUGCGCAGUUGCGCAAGUCCAUGGCCAACAUGAAGGACGGCAUGUUUUUGGGCACCCCUCUAACGGAGAACUCUGCCAUGACUUCUAUUGCGAGCGAGAUUUUCGAUCACAUGUCCGGCGCACGUGAAGUUUUCGGACUCGUCUUAUCUUACGCCCUGUAUUACAUUUCACAAAACCCCGAACAACAAGCCCGCCUGCAGCAAGAAGUCUCGAACCUGGGGCUGCACUUUUCACAGCAGCGAAGCGACGACGAGUUCCCCGCCGAAGCAUCGCCGCAGACCAUAGCCUCGCUCGCAUACCUGCAGGCCGUCAUCAAGGAGUCCCUCCGCAUGCGUCCCAACAGCACACCGCUGCCUCGAAUCACGCCGGCGGACCAGUCGGUCAGCAUCGCGGGGGUCGACGGCAUCCCGCCCAAUACGCGAGUCAACUGCUUCCAGUGGUUCCUACAUCGUGACCCAGCCGUCUGGGCCGAUCCGGACCGGUGGAUCCCCGAGCGCUGGAUAGACCAGGAAACAGGUCUGGAGAAGCCUGCCAGCGAGAUGCCGCCGCUGUGGGCGUUCGUCACGGGUCCGCGGGCAUGCGUGGGCAUGCAGUUGACGUACUACUUGUUUGGGUACACUAUCGCCACCAUAUUUUCAAACUUUACUGUUGAAAUCGCUCGACCAGAGACAUAUGGCAAGCAUUACCCGGGUAGCUUGGAGGACGAACUGUGGCUCAAGUUCCACCCCAUAGAGCACAAAGUUGAAGCGUGA